AUGAAGUUCCAAGGCAUCAUCGCCUCCGCCCUGGCCCUUGCCGCCGCCGCUCCCGGGACGCUGGCCGCCUUCUCGUGCACCGUAGGCACCAAACCGCAGUGCUGCGACAGCAUCUUGGAGCGCAUGGGAGGGAGACUUGUGAUUGCCAACGGCUGUGUUGCGGCGACUGCUGAUUCCUCGACCGGGGUGCCCGGAAACACCUGCGCGGAGACAAAGCUUGAGUUUUGCAACAUCGCCCACCUUCCCACCGACACCCUGAUCCCGCUGUUCCCUGUCAGCUCUUUCGGCUACGUCAGGUGCUCCCAAAACAUCACCGUCGGCACCUUCACCACCUGCGCUCUUGGGCCCGUGAGCGUGGUGCGGUCGUAA